CAUACGGAGAAUGCACUGAUCAGCCCCGCACAGCGGCUCAGGGAGGCAGAGGAGCUGGGAGAAGAAGGGCAUAGCGUUCACAGUGCAGACCGGGGUCGCUGAAAAUCGCGCUGUUUGUGGCUGCGGAAAGCGCUGGGACUGCGCACUUGGGGGCGAUUCACAGGCAAAAUCCCCGAGCUUCAUCAUCGCAGGGCGGGCAACAACAAAGACUUUCAUUCCUGGAGCAUAAAUCUCCUUCUUUUCAUUCCCUGUCCGACUCCGGCACAGGACGCAACUGCUUUAAAUUUACCCCAGACUGGGGCAUAUAAACUACACAAACUGCCAGGCUGGAUACUGUGAUUAUUGUUUGAAGGAUUAUCUGAUCUUCCAACUAUUCUCUACCUAAGUCUCAAAAGGAUUAUUUACCCCACUCUGGGGUAUAAGGGACACGUGAUUACCGACCCCAGGGUUAGUGAGAUACCAAAACUGACACUACCAAGACUUGGAUGGGGCAAAUGAAAGACAAAAGCCACAGGGAGGGGUAUAUGACACCCAGUGACUCCCAUACCCAAGGAUUGUAUCUACCCCAGGGGGGCGUUAUAACAGUGAUUACCCCGAGGAGAGGUAUAUAAAAGAGGCUGUUGUGCCUAGCACUACCUACCCCAUGGAGGGAUAUAUCACCCGAAUGAUCUGACCAAGGCUGGGGAUAUAUAACGCUGCUACCGCAGGGCGCGGUGGAAGAGUCGCAAAAACUGCCAUCACAAGGAGACUGCCAUGGAAAGGGGCAGUUAAGCUGAAAGUACAUAGAUACCCGGAGUGAGCAACGUUUUACACAGUGAAACCCCUCCAGAGAAGCAGAUGGAUAACAAAGGCGCACUCCUGGGCAGGCAGUUGCCCCCACAAUAGGGGGGAUUUUGGUCCCAGACACAAUGAGGGCUGCGCUAACUCUUAUCCCCUCCGGCCUCCUCCUCCUGGUGGGGGGCUUGUUACUGAGCUGGAGGGAUGCCCAUCCCAUUGAGCACCCUACUCAUCGAUCCCCCCGCUCUGUUAGGACUCAGGGGCCCCCCACAGUCGGGGCCACUUUUCAAUCUGUGGGUUCUUCUCCCUCUACCACUGGAUAUAAAACUGUAGAGAAGAGCGCAAGGUCUCCAGCUGACUUGUCCCUGGAGCAGGGUAUCUUCUGGCCCCGGGAGCUGGAGCAAGCACUGCCCAUGGGGUUCUCUUUGGAGGGUGCGGAGCAGUGGCGGAACACAGCUCGCUCCGCGGGUAUUGUGGCUUUAGAAAAAGGCUGCGGGCGGAGCACUAACCGAAUGGCCACCCUGUCGGACGGGAGCCGGGUAUGUUUGCGCUACGGUAUCAACCCUGAACAAAUCCAGGGGGAGCUGUUGUCCUACUACCUGUCCCGCAUACUGGGGCUCCGCGGGGUCCCACCUUGUGUGCUUUCACGGGUAGGCAGCCCUCAGUGGGCUCCAGUGCAAUCAGAACUAGGGGCCACAGGAUGGACUCAAGGAGCCCUGGUGAGUUUCACACCCUGGAUGCAGAAUUUGAGUUUAGUAUUGCCCCCUAUGGCUCUACGCGCUAAGGAUGGAAAGCUCCGUCCCCUGCGCACCGAACUCAGCAAUGGUGCUGCCAACAUGCUGGAGUUAGCGCAAUGGGCAGACCUUAUUUUGUUUGAUUAUUUGACUGCAAACUUUGACCGACUAGUGAGCAAUCUUUUCAGUCUGCAGUGGGACCCACACAUUAUGCUGCGCGGAACAAAUAACCUGCACCGCACCCCUGAGGGGGACCUGGUACUGCUGGACAAUGAGGCUGGUUUUGCUCAUGGUUACAGACUUUUGGGAACCUGGGACAAAUACAAUGAGCAGCUGCUGGGCACAGUGUGCGUGUUCCGCAGGAGUUUGGUGCGUAAACUGCGGGAAGCGCAUCUGGCACGGAACGUUGCGCAGGAGCUGCAAGCACUUUACCUACAGGAGGAGCCGCUGGCUGCGGAACUCGGUCUCCUCUCUGAAGCCCAAGCUCAGAUUCUACAAGACAGGGUGGGACUUGUGUUUAAGCACAUACUAAGCUGUCAGGACAGGUACAGCUGAAUGGGGGGAUUCUGCGACCCACCAAUAAAAACCAGCGAAAGCCAGUGCCAUGGCCAUGGUGGAUAAUGCAGGUUACUAGGACAUUUCUAUGUGUGGGGCACCAUGUGGUUUCUAGGGCAAAGUUGCCUAAGUCCUGCUCACUGGUCUGUAUGAGAUGGUAGUAAGACUGUUCCUUUAUGGAAGAGCAGGUGCAGAGAGGGUAGUGGGUUGGCACUUAGUGACUAGAGUGGUAUCAUUGAGGCUGGUAUGUUGCACAGACUAGAUUCUACCUGGAAAGGCACUCAUGGUAUUUUGUGUUGGAAGAGUUUUAGGGUUCAUGGAUUUGAACCAUUCAGGAAGGGUUUCAGGGGUCAUCGAGCUGGAUGGAUUCUCACUAAUAACUGACAGCCAUUUAAUAAUGAUUUGAGUUAAAGGCAAAGCUAUGCAGGGUGUUCGCCAGGGCAUGCCCACAUCAAAGACCAGCAUUUCUCAUACUAAUAACCCCCUCUUCCUGUGCAAUAAUCCAUGUCAUUUUCCCACACUCCCUAGGGCAAUGGGGGGUCUAUAAGCUAAAUUUAAGAUAGGAAAUAAAACAGACUUGCCUGUGAUUAGGGCAAGAUGGUUAGAACUUGUGCCGCUGGUAAAACAGAAAGUUCUGCAUCAGAACCUCUUGGGAAAGAAGCAAUAGCAAGCUCAGUUCUGCCCCGAGAAGCUGCUGUAGGGCAGCUGGUAAACAACAGCCUAAAUAUCUGCUCAGAUGUCUCCAAUGUCUUUACUUGUUUUAAAAGGGAAGUUAACUAAAGACAUUCUGAAACAAUUUGCAGUUGGUCCUCAACUAUUUUGCCUUUUUACAGCUUUUACAUUUUUUUUCUUGCACCCCAAGGACAAAGGCAAAUAUUAAUAGCUUGGAUGAUUUCCAUAUCAAAAUUGAUUUAUAGGUGAGCUUCCCUUUAAAACAAUUUAACUGGCCCUUUAGGGAAGGGGGAUGGAGAUUGAAGCUCAGAGCUUUCCAUAUUAUUAAAGAAGGGCCCUGUAGUGAGUACAAUGGGACAAGCAAAUGCAUGGGGAAGGGGUUUUGACUUAUUAUACAUAAACCUGGCAGCCUCCACCCACUCAUCUUACUGUAAGCUUCUGCAAAUGUAGCACAAUCUCUAUUGUUCCAGAAGGAGAUGCUGGGAGCUGUAGUCCUACAACAGCCAGAGCAAUGGACCUGCUGCAGAGCCCCGUAGAAAUACAGAGGGACUUAUAGUUGGUACUUCAGCUGUGCUUUCACCGAUUCUUCCCCCUUGGGUAGUUUUAUAGCUAUGAAAUGAAUAAGCAGUUUGGAGAUUGCCUUAGGACCAAAAAGCCCUGUUACUGAAAAUAGUACUUUCCAAGGGGAAGUAAAAGUAGCGUGAUAUGAAUACUAAUAUAUACUUGUUAGUUAGGGUAACAUUUUUGUAGCCCAUUCUGUGUCGAGGGACAGAGUUUGAGCCUCUGGCAAUAAUGUUAAGCUGAUGCCCCAAGCAGACUCUGACCCUCAAGUUGCUUUUGAACUGUAACUCCCAGCACCUUCAGCACUGCAGUUCCACAAUAGCUAAAGCAGUGCAGGUUUAACAUCCUGUAUAUACUGAAACUAUCUUAUUAAAGGCGUACUUCACCUUUAAGUUAGCUUUUAGUAUGUUAUAGAACGGCCAAUUCUAAGCACCCUUUCAACUGGUUUUCAUUAUUUAUUUUGUUUAGUUUUUAAAUUAUU